AUGCAGGAUAACACAGAACAAUCGACUGUGCAAAUGUUGACGAUGUCAAAUAUCGCGUCUUUCGGACGAUGCGUCAUAGAAUUGGUAGCAAAUUCUUUGAACGCACACGCCACGGCAAUCGCAAUAAGAAUUCACACGACAAAAUGCGAAAUUCAAGUUGUCGAUAAUGGCGUCGGAAUACCGAAAGACAUGCUCAAACAUAUCGCGAAAUAUGACGCAGAAGCGACCAUAGGCGAUCAGCAACAGGUGUACAAACUGCUUGAAUCAAACAAUCUGACAGAUAUCCGUCGUUUGGCUGAUCGUCUAAUGAUUACUUCAAGGCAUCAAUAUUCUGAAGAGACAUUCGUGAAGGCGUUCGAGAUGGGAUUUGCACUCAAUUUGAAGCAAGUAGAACAGAGACCUUCGAGAGGCACGACGGUCUCCAUCUACGGUUUUCACGAAAUGCCUCAUAAAAAGUGGGAUACAUCUACCAUUUGUUUUCUUAUCGCGGCUAUAGCUGUUACAAAAUUAGAAGUAUCAUUUUCGAUUAGAGACGAAGAACAAAAGAAGGUUGUUCUGAGAAUUGCGAAACCGCACAACUCGAUCGAAGUCCUAAGAACACUGGUUGGGAAGGAUCUGCCAUUGAAUCAUGUAUGGUCGAUACAAUGCGGUCCUGAACGUAACAGCAAUUAUCAUGGUUACGUGGGAUUAUCUGAUAAAAACGCGAUGCAAUGGAUAUUUUUAAAUCACAGGCCGAUCUAUUGCCCUCUCAUUCUGAAGUUGAUUAAAAUUGUCUUCAAAGAGAAGCUAAAUUUGUUUUCUGAUCAGAAAUCUAAUGCGCGCGAUCCAUACGACGAAAAUGUGUUUAUCUUAUUCUUUCUUACGUUCUCACAGAAGGAAUUCAUGCGCGUUACUGAAAACGGAAAAAGCAAUUAUCAUACUAUAAACAUGAUUUCUCCUCUUUCCGAAUGGUCGAAUUGGACUUAUUAUACAAAUAAUAAGAAGCGCGAUACUACAAGAAAUAUAAAUAUAUUUCCCGAAAAUGACAUACGUUCCCGGCAGUUUUUUGAACGUAACAAUAAUCAGUUUGAUUUUCUGCCACGAAAACUGCACGGUCUUCUACAACAUCGUCAUGUUAAAUUGACAAACGUAAAAUGUUUUAACAGUCCUAAUGAUACGAUUCCUUUGAUAAAUAUUUUGAAUUUAGUGGCAGAAAAUUGCCAACAUGAACAAAUAGCGGUGCAUCCUUGUAAGUUGAAGCAAAAAUUAUACGAAUUUAGACUGUCACAAGCAUCAUUAAAAUGCAUAAAAAUCAUUAAUCAAGUUAAUAACGAAUUUAUCGCUGCGUGGAUGACGUGGAAUGAAAUGAAAAUUUUAUUAAUGAUCGAUCAACAUGCCGUCCAUGAAAGAAUACGUUAUGAAAAUUUACUUCUUAGUAAAUAA